GAUUCCAGUUAACAGACUUAAGUCACUUCAUAUUUUGCUAUGUUUUUGUUGUGUGAAGGUAUAAAAGUGUUCAAAGUUCAAGAAAUAAUUAGUUCGUUCGAAGAUCAAAAUGGUCAAGUCCGUAGCUACGUUAUUCUUAUUGCUUGUCGCCUACGGCGUUCAAAGCACAGAAAUAUUUGGUAUCGAGCGUUCUUCGUUGACGUCGUGGUUGGAUGACAUGGGAGAUAUUAAAGAGCUUGUUGAAAAUACGACUGUUACCAAUCAAACGUGCAUGGAGCAAUCUUGGAACAUAGAAGAGCUGUCUUCCUCGAUUCAACGGAGCAGCAGCGUAUCAUGCCUCACGAAAUUGAAAAAUGCCGUCAAAUCCGAAGACCCAGACGAUACUGCGUUAUUGGAGGUCAUUGACAAACUGAUAGGAAUUUUCGACAAAGGCUCCACGUGUGCCAGCACGGAAAAUAUGUGGGCCUAUGUCGAGUGCUACGUAACUAUCUUCGUAAGCGCUGGUAAAUGCGUCUUGACCACCUGGACCACCGAAGUAGCCGCAGAUUGGGAACUCUUGACCGCCAGUAGUACCAUUAAAUCCUUGGCAGAGUCAUGCGCCGCAACUAUUUUCGAUACAUCUAUGGCCGCGAACUUCAAAAGUGCUCUCCAAGAAACAAUUGAGUGUAUGAACAAAUGGACCAGAUAAAAUAGCGCGCGUUGUGCUCUGAGGAUAUUCAGGCUAGGUACCAUAGACAUUUAUCAAAGCCUUGCAAUAAAAUGUUGUUAACCAACCAAA